GUGCGUCACACAGUUGGUUGGCUCCGCCCCUCAGAAUCCCACCACUCACACGCCGUCGUCCACGGCAACGACCUCCCCGCCCCCAAAAACUCCUCAGGACACGCCCCCCACCAGCUGCUGACGUGGGCGGCGCCCGACAGUUUCCUCGGCAACAAGCUGCUGUCUUACGGAGGGUUCCUGAACCUCUCUCUGUUCUACGACGUCCCAUUGGACAACGAGGACCACUCUCUGCCCGCCCACUGUGACAUCAUCCUGGAGGGUAACAGCCGUUCUCUCCGCCUCUCGCCCCCCCCUCACCUCUUCCUGUCCGAGCUGUCCGAGCGCUCCGUUGCCGUGGCGAUGUCACCGCGGCAGUUCAUCGACAUGGAGACGGGCGCCAUGGUUACCAGGGACGACCUGCUGACAGCGCUCGCCAACGUGACAUCAUUGAGGGUCAGAGUUCACCUGAACAACUCAGCAGAAGGACCCAUACG